UCAAAAAUAAAUAAAUAAACAACGCUGCUGCAGCUGUUAAUAGACACUUCAUCGUAGCAAAGCUGCGUUUUGCACAGAAGCACAGCAGACUGACAAAUGUGGUCUGGUUUAAUCAUCGUUCAGGGCUGAGUGCUACCGACAGCAGCUGUCACCUACAUCAUAUAUCGGAUGCCCUCAACUCAAGUGACCUGGAUGUGAAACUGGAAUAAAGGCCGUAUCUCGCUUUAUUUUGAUACCGUAACGCUGCAAUAUAAACGGGGUGGUUGCAGUAACAGCGGGGUAGCUAGCUAACUUUAUCAGCCGGCGAUUUCACCCAUAUUUUCUUUCUUCGGAUCAUAUCCAUAGUGAAAGAAAAUGAACGGACUUGAGAAGUGCAUUUCUGGCCGGCUACAUUAGUUGCCUUGAUUUGUGAAAAAUGGAAAACAGGUGCCAAGAGGAGCAGGAAACAAUGUUGUUAUUAGCCAGUUAGCUAACGUUAGCGCAGCUAGCUGUAGUUAACUACAUCAAAUUAGUGGGCUGAGUUGGCGCGGCUAACUCAGCCCACUAAUUUAAAUAGGCACGCACAAUAUUGUACUUGGUUUGCUGCCUAACGUUAGCUACUUGGAUAGAUUUGCUUAGUGACAUGUUUUUCCAGUGAAACACUUGGAGCGUUUACCCUUUUUCUGCCGUUAACUAAGCUAGCUAACCAGUUGUGCCGUUCAGCGCUGAACUCGUUGCUACAGUCUGCUGUUGUGUCACUGCAAUCUGUUGGCUGCAGAAGUCAUAUUGCAAACAAAGCUUUACUACUGUUAACUGUCAAGCCGACGACAACCAUGGCUCAAGAAGCGUUUCCUCUGCAUUUUCUUGUGUGGAACAAUCAGUACUUGGAGCUUGACCGAGAGCUGCAGAAGAAAGAGCAGGAUGUAGAGCGCCUGGAUCCGAGAGGGCGCACCCCGCUGGAGCUGGCUGUAUGUCUGGGCCACCUGGAGUCAACCCGGGUGCUGCUCCGACACGCAGCAGACCCGACACAUAACAACGCACAGGGCUGGGCCAUCUUGCAGGAGGCAGUGAGCACCGGUGAUCCUGAGCUGGUUCAGCUGGUGCUUCAGUACAGAGACUACAAACGUGCUACUGAGAGAUUGGCGGGCAUCCCAGAGCUGCUCAGCAAACUAAGACAGGCGCGGGACUUCUACGUGGAGAUGAAAUGGGAGUUCACCAGUUGGGUGCCCUUGGUGUCAAAGGUGUGUCCCAGUGACGUCUACAGGGUGUGGAAAAGCGGCUCGUGCCUCCGUGUAGACACCACCCUCCUGGGCUUCGAACACAUGACCUGGCUGAAAGGACGACGCAGCUAUAUCUUCAAGGGUGGAGAUGAAGGUGCUGUGGUGAUGGAGGUGGACCAUGAGAAGCAGGUGGUGUACACAGAGCCACUCGUGUUGUCUCCCCGUGACGCACCCUCCCUCCUGGCAGCCAUGCAGCCGUCGCAGGAGAACACAGCCCAGAGACUCACAUCGCCUAUCGUCUCCACGCACCUCAACACACGCAACAUUGCCUUCGAACGGAACAAGUCAGGAAUCUGGGGCUGGCGUUCUGAGAAGAGUGAGGUGGUCAGCGGGUAUGAAGCCAAGGUUUAUAGUGCCACCAAUGUGGAGCUUGUGACUCGGUCAAGGACGGAGCAUCUAUCAGACCAGGAUAAGUCGAGGAGCAAAGGCUCAAAGACUCCUCUGCAGUCCUUCCUGGGGAUUGCUGAACAACAUACAGCUCACAAUGGGAGUAACGUGUCCCAGUGUGCCAGUCCUCACAACCCCACAGCCAUCACAGCUGAGGAGUACUUCAACCCGGAGUUCAACCUGAACAGCCGGGACAUCGGACGUCCCGUCGAGCUUACCAGCAAAGUCCAGAAGUUUAAAGCGACACUGUGGUUGAGUGAGAGUCACCCUCUGUCUCUGGCCGAGCAGGUGACACCCAUCAUCGACCUCAUGGCCAUCUCCAACGCCCACUUUGCCAAGCUACGUGACUUCAUCACCCUGCGCCUGCCACCAGGCUUCCCUGUCAAGAUAGAGAUUCCCCUAUUUCACGUGUUGAAUGCCAGAGUGACGUUCAGUAACCUGUGUGGCUGCGAUGAGCCGGUCAGCUCUGUGACGGUUCACACAACAGAGGGCCCCGAAGAAGCUGGUCAGACUCCCCCUCCCUUACACUGUGAGGUGGACCCGUCGGUGUUUGAGCCCCCCACAGACUACACCACCCUCGGUCCAGGCCGCAGCGAGCCAAUGAGGGACGAGGAUGACAACCUGCUGCAGUUCGCCAUCCAGCAGAGCCUGCUGGACGCCGGCACAGAGAGUGACCAGGUGACCAUCUGGGAGGCUCUGACCAACAGCCGCCCGGUGCCCCCGUCUCCGCUGUAUGAGGAAGACUCUCAGCUGGAGAGGGCAAUCCAGGAGUCUCUGUCCAUCUCGCUGGCCAGCAGAGAGGGAGAAGACGUGGCCGACCCCAGCCAGCCUGCCUCUGUCUCCCCGUCAGGCCCCGCCGCCAACUCCCCGCUUUCCUACAGCACAGUGACCGAUCCGCGGUUGUCGGGACACUUCGGUAUGGCGUCGAGCUUCGAUGAGCAGCUGCGUAUCGCCAUGGAGAUAUCGUGCCGGGAACAGGAGGAGAUGGACAGGAAGCAAAAGGAGGAAGAGGAUGAGCUGGAGAGGAUCCUGCAGCUGUCACUCACCGAGAAGUAAUGUCACAACAACAACAACAAUGGAGGCAUGUCUUCAUUGGGGAACAAUCUUCUUAAUUUAUUCUGUUUUUAUUUUUUUUGAAUCCUGAGAUGUUAAGUUAUUACAGAUAUUUUAUUUGUUUUCUCACACGAAGGCUGCUACAACAGAGUGUAAAGGACCAGAAUAUAAAAAGUGUGAGGGAGAAAUAAGAAGAGGUGGAAACAGGUACUCUGAACCACACUACAGUGAAGGAGACAAAAGGGAGACAGUGUUUGUUUUUCUUUUUUAAUUGAACAUUUUUCACAGUCUUGCUGUCUUUAUUGAGUGAUGAAUGAUCCUUAAACUUUAAACCUAUAACAUUUUCCAUGAUAAUGAUGAAAAAUAAGAAAAUACAAUCUUAAUGGACUUAACUUUAAAAAUAUGAUUAUAACAUUUGAAACAUUUAUGUUGGCUUACUCCUAUGUGUGGAAAAAUAAAGAAUAAUGAUCAUC